AGGGUUUAAAGUUUGGAUGAACAGUGCUAUGCAAUGGCGAGAGGAGGCAUUUUAAACUGGACUAUCAUGGAUGAUUCAGAUGAGGACGAUUCUUACUCGUACUCGGUUAGUGAGGACAUGUACGAAGAUUUCAGGACCACAAAAGCGAAGAAAAAAGAGACACAAACUCAACUUCAUCAUCAGGAAGAAUAUGAAGUGAACAACAGAUUGCGGGAUCUAAGAAUGUGCGAUGGUCCCUCCAUGAACAGAGGAUAUGUCUUGAUAAUCAUCAACUAUAGAUUUCCAAACAAAGAACAUAAUCUUCCUAAAGGAAAUGAUAUCCAGGAAAUAAAACACAUUUUCCGCAAAUAUGGAUACGAGGUUAGGAGCUUUACUAAUCUUACUCCUGACAGAAUACUGGAGAUAGUAAAGUGGUAUGCCAGUAAGACGGAUUCAAAAAGUUUCGUGUGCUUUCUUAGCAGUCACGGAGAUUCAACUUCAUUGUUGGGUGCUGAUGGAAAUGAUGUCAAAAUCAAAGACAUUUUUGCAGCCGCUAACACGAAACAACUUAAGAAAAGGCCCAAAACAUUUUUUUUGAUGCCUAUCGUUCAAGUCAACGUAGAAGAAUCAGAGAUAAUCAUCUUCCGGAUCUCCCAGCAGAAUGCUUUUUUGUUGGAUUUUCAUGUCUGGCCUCCAAAACUAGUAAGACGGGAAACAAUAGCUGUGGGGCUUAUUUCGAAUCACUGAUAGCGGUGUUCCAGGAAAGUUUUGAAUUUCCGCCAACAGACAAAAACAAAAGGCGAAAUAUCACCUACCUUGUUCAGAAGGCGAAUAUUCGAGUAAGGAGAGACACGGGACAACAACCUGAAAUGAGAUCAUCCAUGGCAGGAGAAUAUUUUCUGCAAGGAGAGAAAAAAUAAAACAAGCAAAUCAGGAGAGAGAAAAAAAUGAACAAUAAAAAUUCAAAGUCGUGAUACAUAAUAUGUGUUUUGCAAAUGUUGACUUUUUGUGAUUUAGAUGGUUCAUAGCGAUCCUAAAUUCUAAUCAAAUUAUUUUCGUAUAUUAGUAUAUGUAAGCAGAUUUUUGUAAAUAGUCCUGUUACAUCACAAGUUUAAUUCUUAUGCGCAUAUAAGAAAAUCUGAGCUGGGUAUCUCUAUAGAAUUGUUUUAGCCUGAUGUAUAUAUUAUAUUGAGUUAUUAUUCAUCAAAAUAGAUUUGAGUCUCUGAAUCUUUUUGGGUCUUUUCAUCUGUUUUGAGAUGAAUAACGGAAGCGGUCAAAAUGGCUGUGAUAGUGAUUGUUACAGUUUUACACUUUUCAGUCAUUUUGAGCUAUUACGGACUUCGGUUUAUGAAUUGUGGUAAGAAUUUCAAUUUAAAAAUGAUAUCCAAUAAUUUUGUUCUAUGUAAUUACCUGUUUGUUUUGUGGUUCUUUGUCAUGGCCAAGGUUAAUUUAGACUUACAAAUAAUAGGCAUUUUUCUUAAUUCGUUUCGGCAUAUAUUGGGAAGUAAACAGAAUUUUGGAUGAACUCUGAUGGUACUGUAGAUUGCUUAUGUAGAAAUAAAACAGUAUGCACAAUGUAUGAAUAUUCUAGAAUAUAUAAUAAAAUUGUAUACCA